AUGAACCUCGAAGCCCGCUUGAACGGCACGCUUAACGAUGUGCUCCGAACGUCGGGGUAUAUUUUUGAAAUCAUCAACAACAACAAACGCCAGAGCAACCUUGUCACCGGGCCGAACAACCAGCUAAUACCGCCUCCCAUCACAGCACAGCUAGCAGCCAGCAUUGCCCAGUUCGACCUGAUUUUGGACGACACCGUCAGCAAAUUCAACGAUGCCCGCUGGUGUGUCGAGCAGAUUGUGGAAAACAAGCAAAAACAGGAGGAGCUCCGUUUGCAAGAGGAGGUGGAGAGAAAGAAGCGUUUGGAGGAACAGAAGAGAAGAGAGGAAGAGGAGCGCCAGCGUAAGGAGCAAGAAGAGGUGAAGCGCCGUGAAGAAGAGGAACGCAAGAAGAAGGAGGCCCAGGAACAGGAGGAAAAAGCCAGGCAGGAGAGGGAACGACUCGAGAAGGAGAGACAGGCCGAACAAGAACGGCAAGAACGUGAGGAGCAGGAAAGACAGGAGAAGGAACGCAGGGACAACUUGGGCGUCAUGGAUCCUGGUUUCGACUCCGAUAUGGACUUGGACAAAGGGGCGCCUGGAAUCCCCAACCCGUCCGAUAUCCUAUCAUCCAUCAGCUACAACGGCCCUGGCGGCGACAAGGCUGAUGGCAAGGACAACGAUCUUGGCUUGAAUAGCAUUUUGGGCGAGGGCCAGGACUUUGACGAUUUGAACAUGGACCUUUUGGGCCAGGACUUUGGAGGCUCUGGCAUGGGUCAGGAGGAGGAUUUUGAUGUCGAUAACUUCUUGAACCAGUUUGGCAAUGAUUAA